AUGACACCUGGUACACCAUAUGUGCCAACAAUAACACGCCACAGUACACCAUAUGUGCCUGUUUCAAAUUAUGCAACAAGUCGUCAACCACAGAGUCAAGUUUUUUCUCAUCUGUCAGAGCCAACAUUUACAACUACAGAAAAUCACCACAACACAGAUGAUCUAUUUACAGUUGCAAGAGAGCUCAACAAACGUAAAGCUGACAUUCAAAAGUUUGAAGGAAAUCCAAUGGACUACCAAAGAUUUAUCCGACAGUUCAACACCAAAGUGUGCGCUAACACCAGUUCAUAUGAAGAGCGCUUGAAUUUUCUUCAAUUUACCAGUGGUGAAGCUAACAGAAUAGUAACUGGAUAUUCACAUUUGGAUGCAGAGAGAGGAUACCUACAAGCUUUAGAUGAACUUAAGGAUCGAUAUGGUGAUCCGGAUGUUGUGGCUCAUACUUACGUCAAGAAGGCAUUGGAUUGGCCAGCAAUUAAACCAGACAAUUCGAAGGCAUUAAACCUUUAUGCAAUAUUCUUAACCGAAUGUCAAUUUGCUGUGAAUAACGUAAACAGUGCUCGAGUUCUUGAAUACUCAGAAAAUAUGAAACUUCUAAUUAGGAAAUUACCAUUCUAUUUACAAGAAAAGUGGCGAAAUGUGGUGUAUGAGCUUAAAGACACAAAAGAAGCUGUGACAUUUCAAAACGUGGUAAACUUUGUCCGCAAAGAAGCUAAAAAGGCGAAUGACCCAAUCUAUCGAAAAGAAGUCAUGAAUUCGAGUUCAAUUGCACCAAAACGACAGAAUGAAAAAGUGAACACAUUUUCAAGACCGAGCCGGAACUUUGCUACAAAAACUAUGGAGUCCCAUUCAUCCACAGAAAAUCACACAGCUGCUGUUCAAUACAAACCAAAAUUUUGUGCUUUUGUGAAACCAUGCAUCUAUUGUGAAGGUUCGUCACAUUCCUUGGAAGAGUGCAAGAACAUUAUGCAACUUCCUCUGAAAGAUAGAUAUGCAGUUUUAAAAAUGAAAGGACUGUGCUUUUCUUGUUUAAAAUCUGGACACCAGAAGGGAGUUUGUCAACGCAAGUCGUAUUGUAUUCAUAGUAAGAGAUGUCAUCCUUCUAUACUCCACUUGGAUCCUCGACAGAGCUUUGAACCUCCGGACCAGAACAACAACAGAUUAUCUGUACCUUCAGCAUCUGUGUCUUCGGCAGCGCAUAUGGGGGCUGGGGAACUUGUUAGGCAAGCGCUUCCAAUUAUACCAGUGCGACUGAAAUCAAGAAACAGUGACAAAUACAUUUAUACAUAUGCUUUCUUAGAUUCUGGGAGUACAGCAACAUUUUGUACAGAGAAAAUAGCAAACUUACUUCACGUUGAAGGCAAAAAGACUUUGUUAAAUCUGACAACCAUGGGAGAACAGAAGACAGAAAAUUGUUAUAUGCUCUCUGGACUUGAAAUAACUGACGUGAAUGGUGACCAUCCAAUAAAUCUUCCUCCUAUUUACACACAACCAGAAUUACCUGCGUCCAGGAAAGACAUAAUUUCACUGGAGGACCUUCAAAGAUGGCCGCAUUUAAGUGACAUUCACAUUGACAGAAUACCAAUAGAUAGUGAUAUCGGUUUGUUAAUUGGUGUCAAUGUUCCUAAAGCAAUGGAACCAUGGGACAUAAUUCCUAGUAAAGACAAUGGUCCAUUCGCUAUGAAGGCUAUCCUUGGAUGGGUAAUCAAUGGACCAAUCGACACAGUUCCAGAAAAUGGCAUUUUCAACACAUUGGUCACGGUCAAUCGCAUUGAUGCAAGAUUAGAAGAACAGAUAAGAUACCAGUUUAAUCAUGACUUUUGUGAGCGGGCGAUCGAUGAUGUUCCAGAGCCCUCAAAGGAAGAUAAAACUUUCCUAGAAUUGGUGAAAAAUUCAGUUCAUUUUGAGGACGGACAUUAUAUCAUUGACUUACCUUUCAAAUCUAAAACUGUUCCAAUGCCUAACAACAGAAAACAAGCAGAACAGAGACAGAAUUUGAAAACAGCAUUGAAUUUUGUGACAGUUAUAAAGCAUUUAUGGACAAAAUUAUCAGUGAAGGUUACGCACAACAAGUUCCUACUGAGAACCUACAACAAAAUGAUGGACGUGUGUGGUAUUUGCCGCAUCAUGGUGUAUUUCAUCCCAAGAAGAAUAAACUGCGUGUUGUGUUCGAUUGUGCAGCCAAGUUCAAGGGAACUUCACUAAAUGAUCAGUUGUUACAAGGCCCUAACUUGACAAACACACUUAUUGGAACUCUGAUCAGAUUUCGGGAGGAAGAGAUAGCUGU